AUGAGAUUUACAGUAGCCCCAACAGCUCGAGACAUGGGAACAGGAUUCAAAUUAGGCCACAACAAGGGAACUCUUCGCGGUCUUUACUGUACACAAUCCAAGUACUGUCUGUUGCCGUCUCUCCUGCUCGAAGAUGACCCGAACUGGCAGGCCGAUAGGAACCACAUACUCCUCUACUGA